CUUCUCUUUUUAGGAAUUUAUCCUAUUCAGAUGAGACUAAAAUCAGAUACAUUUCCAUUCCAAAACUGAUUAACAAACAAAUUUGAGAAAAGAGAGCUUCAAUUUAAUGGAGGAACUCACAUUUCAAACCCUCUCAACUGUACUCUCUUACAGAAACCAAAAUGGCCUCCAUCUUGAAUCAAUCUACCGUUUCCGGCCAUGGUGAUGAUGUAAGUCAUUACCAGCAUGGCAUUCCUGGAAUCCCUACUGACGGAAAAGUUGUUCUACUCAAGAAUUCAAAGCUGGGGUCUGAAGCCUAUCUUGUUGGGACUAAUCAUAUUUCUAAACACAGUGCUGAAACUGUCAAGAAGGUGAUCAACUAUGUAAGGCCCGAUGUAGUGGCGGUUGAGCUGUGCGCCGGACGUGCCACAGAUAUGAAUCACAACCGGGAGUAUGUUACCUUGUUUGAUUUGCUUUGCCGAUCCAUGAGUGCUCCACGGGGAUUACGCAUGAAGUUUGGUAGGUUUGCCAUGGGUUUUUCACAACGCCAGAUGCACGCAGAUGAUAAAAUUCCAGGCCUGGAGUUUAAGGUUGCAGUGGAAGAAGCUUCAAGGGUUGGAGCAAGAUGUUCCCUCAUUGAUCAAGAUGUUAAUCUCAUCCUUGAAAAGGUGGCAAAAGCAUCCUCUUGGAAAGUAAUAUGGGAUAGUUUGCGUACUGAUGGCUAUCAAGAUACAGAGUACACGAGAUCAUAUGUAAAGAAAGUUAAUAUUCUCAGCAAAAAACAUUUUCCGGAGUUUUUCAAGGUGCUGACUGAAGACAGAGACAAGUUUAUGUUUGAGAACCUUCGAACUUUUGAAAAAAAAAAGUUGUGGCAGUGGUUGGGAUGGCUCACUUGGAUGGAAUCGAGUUAUUGUGGAAACAUGCAGAGGAGGGUGACAAUAAGCAACCUUGCAUAAUAUCCGAAGAGCAGGGAUAGGCAAGGUCAAUGCAGGGUAGUUUGAAGACUAACUUUUCGAGAGAAUCUGCAACUUACAUCUGAGAUAAAGAAUUUAGCUAGAGAAACACAUGUUUUUUGUUUGUUUGGUUCAGUUUCAUCCUUUACUCUGGGGGUUGUUGCGUAUAUGAAUGGUAUCCUUAACCAAGGUGAUAUAAUCACCAAAGUGUAAUCAGUAGAAAUCCGUCGCAAUAUAAUCGUCUAGGUGAUAUUGUCAUCCUCUCAAAAGGCUUGAAAUUUUGUAUAAUUUCAAAAAAUUGUAUUUUGAGACUGUGGCAGGAGUUCUGCUUGCAUGAACCAAAAUUGUCAUAUUUGUCCCAACUUCUUCUUCUUUUUUUCUUAAGAAUUGUCCAUAAUUAUUGUUUA